CAGGAGCGUAUUAUCUAUCAUUCUCCCAUAAGAACUAUAAAAUUUUUGCAAUGAUUGAUAUCGAUACCAUAGUUGAUUUAGCCAGCGAUGGUGCAAAGAAAAUGUCUCAGCAUGAGCUAAUUGCAUGGAUCAAUAGUGUCAUUAACGGAAAGUACACUGAAGUUGUAGAACUAAGCUCUGGUGUGGCAUAUUGUCAAAUCAUGGACAAACUCUAUCCCAACUGCUUUGGCAAAAGGAAAAUCAAUUAUGAUGCAAAAUCGGAACAUGAAUAUUUACAUAACUUUAAAUUAUUUCAAAGUGCAUUUUUUCGUUUGAAUUUCGACAAAAAAGUACCAAUGGAGAAGCUGGCCAAGGGUGAUGUUCAAGAAAACCUAGAAUUUGUACGAUGGUUCAAAGCGUUUCAUUUAAUUUACUCGAAUGGCAAGGAGAAUAUCAGACUGCCAAUGGCGCCAACACCGCCAAAAGAGAUACUAAUGAGAAGAUAUAUACCAAGCAAAAAUAAACAAGCGGCGAAAACACCUGAUAGCGUGAGACGAAGAAUCAAUCCAGCCUUUUACUCACCGUCUCAUUGUAAACUUUUAGAAAAACAGAGAAAUAUAUUAAAUACUAAGAUCAAUGUGAUAGAUUACGAACGUGAUUUUUACUUCAGAAAGCUGCACUUCAUAGAACAACUUCUUCAAAAGGCUGUCAGAGAUAAUGUGGACAAGACCUGGAACCAACAUUUACUGGACAUAAUUUAUUUUCCAGAGAAUUUUGAAUGCGACACAGCAAUGAUGUAGAAUGAUAUAACUUAUUUAACUAAAAUUAAAAAUCAAGUCUUCAAAUUCAUAAAUAAAUAAUAUAUUA